AUGAGCAUUGAUGACUAAACUUAAUAAAUAGUAAUAGCAGGAAUUAACUAUGACUGUGGAGUUGCAAAAUGCAACUCUUAAACGGGUUAUCCAUUCGUUGCAUUUAUUGAAGAGGGAAAUGUUUAUAGGUGGGCAUAUGUCUUUCCAUAUGAUUCAGUUAAGUUUGAUAAAGUCAUUUUUUCAAAAGAUAAAGCUAAUGUAAUAGCAAUAAGUGGGUAGAAACCUCAUACAAUAAUUACACUCAAUGUAGCUGAUGGAAGUGUAUAAUCCAUCAUAUAAUCCUCCCUAGACGAUAGCAUUGUUAAUUUUAUACGAGACAUCUAUUAUGGAAGAUUCAAAAAUGAGAUAGAUUAUUUCGGGAUUGCUAUUCAAACAUUUGAUGAACUCUUUAUGUUAACUAUAUUAAAGUAGAAUACUUGGAGUUAGAUUAAUGUGAUGUCAUUAUAACGAGGCUAAGCUCGAUUGCUUGCCUAAAGUAGCAAUGCUAAAAGCUUUUAUGUGGUUGGAUAGCAAUAUGAUGAUGCAAGUUAAUAAACUCAAUCUUCAUUUUCAAUUAUUUCUCCAGAAGGUGUACUUGAAGGGAAUUAUAUUAUUUUUGCAUCAGGAUCAGCCUAAAAGCUGGUUUUGAUUACUCAUAUUUAUGUAACUUAAAAGAAAUAGUUAGCUAUUGAUUCAAUAUAUGGAAUAAUAUGUUAUGAUUGUUUAGAAAAACACCCAACAGGAAAAGGCACUUAAAUGAGCUUUUAAAUAUCCCAGUAGAGUAAAUCCUUUAUUACCUCAGCUGGAAUUUCUUCUAAAUACGGUGUGAUAAUAGCAGGUUAUACAAGUUCAAGCGAUCAAGGACAGGAUUUAAACUUUUAAAAAAAUAGGAAAUACAGAGACUAGUAUUUAAAAAUUGUUGUCUUAUCCUGUGAUUUUUGA